AUGCGUCCAACUCUUCGUCUUUCCUUUUUAGCCGUCUUAGCCACAUGCGCCUCAGCGUUUGCUAGACCAUCUGUCUUUGUGCGUGAUGCCAGCCUGACAGAAGCCCUCAAUACUUUCGAAUGCCGAUGCGGAAAUUUGGAGUUUCUCACAUUGCCUCACGCCAAUAUCACUGCUCGAGAAAAGGCCAGGCAAUGCUCUAGCUACAAGUUGAUUGACGCCCGUGGAACCGCUGAGCCGCAGGGUGUCUCUACAAUGUUCUACCCCAUGAUCGAGAACAUCCUUGCCAACAUCAGUGGCGGUGUGAGCCUGCCUGUUGAGUAUCCAGCGGGUGCUGCCCAGAACACGACUAUUGGCGAGAAUUUCGUACUAGAUGUUAUCAGUGAAGGCCUUCAUCAUUGCCCUGGUCAGAAGUAUGCUCUCUUUGGCUACUCCCAGGGCGCUACCUUGAUGCUCAGACUCCUCAACCAACUUGAUAGUCGUGCUUUAAGCAUGGUCAAAUCAGUAAUCCUCGUCGGUAACCCGUACCGCACUCCUGGGAAGUUGUCUAGUGUCAACAAGAGAGGUCAAAGAGAUCAUAGUGACUCUGUUGGCAUGUUUACAUCUUCUGCUCUUGUUGCAGGCAAAACCGCUACUAUUCCUCAACUCUCGCUUGAUAUCGACCAUAGUGGCAAGGUAUUGGAUUAUUGUCUUGCCGGUGACGGUGUAUGCUCCUACAACUCCGCAUGUUCUUGUCAAAUUCCGGCUGGUCAUCUCUCUUAUGGACUAGUCGACACUGUGCAAACUACUGCCUUUGAGCAUGUUGUUUCCCGAAUCGACGAGGGUGGUUGUAAUUAA